UGGCAUGACUUUCUAUGAUCUCAUCCCAGAGGACUCUCUUUUUUUAGACUCUUCUGCCCUCCUGCAUUGCUUGCAGAGCUUGUUACCUGUUCAUUUGUUUCCUUUCCUCCCCUCGGGGUCAACGACAUCCCUUUCUCCCCUCCUCCCUCCUUCCAUCUCUGCUUCAGUAACAUGGGUCCAUUGGCAUUAUGGUUUUUGGUCCUGGCCUUGGAUCACAUUUGUUUGACCUGCCCUUUCCUGAACAGUGCACGGUUGCUUCAUCCUUCCCUUCAUUUUUCCAUUUGUUGUGGUUUCAUUUAGGAAGUCAUUCUGGAGUUUAUCAGAAUAAACUCAAGUCUAACCAGAAGAAGACGUUCCAGCGUGUGUUUGAGGGGAUUGCUAAAGCAGGAAACCCAACCCUUCUGAAUCAGAUGUUCACAGAGAUCUACCUCAUGGAGGGAGGGCCUGCAGGGGUCAAUGAUGAACAUGAGGUCAGACAGAUUGAAACAGCAUCCAGGAAACCAGACAGACCAGAAACAACAAUCAGACAAGAAGACAUCUUUAAAACCCCACCUGGAAGAGAUGAACCAAUCAGAACAGUGAUGACAACGGGAGUGGCUGGCAUCGGGAAAACAGUCUUAACACAGAAGUUCACUCUGGACUGGGCUGAAGGCAAAGCCAACCAGGACAUCCAGUUCACAUUCCCAUUCACCUUCAGAGAGCUGAAUGUGCUGAAAGAGAGAAAGUUCAGCUUGGUGGAACUUGUUGAUUACUUCUUUAGUGAAACCAAAGAAGCAGGAAUCUGCAGGUUUGAAGAGGUCAUGGUUCUCUUCAUCUUUGACGGUCUGGAUGAGUGUCGACUUCCUCUGGACUUCCUCAACACUGAGAUCCUGACUGAUGUUACAGAGUCCACCUCAGUGGGUGUGCUGCUGACAAACCUCAUCAGGGGGGAUCUGCUUUCCUCUGCUCGCCUCUGGAUAACCACACGACCUGCAGCAGCCAAUCAGAUCCCUCCCGGGUGUGUUGACAUGGUGACAGAGGUCAGAGGGUUUACUGACCUUCAGAAGGAGGAGUACUUCAGGAAGAGAUUCACAGAUGCGAAGCUGGCCAGCAGAAUCAUCUCCCACAUCAAGAGAUCACGAAGCCUCCACAUCAUGUGUCACAUUCCGGUCUUCUGCUGGAUCACUGCUACAGUUCUGGAGGACGUGUUGAAGACCAGAGAUGGAGGAGAGCUCCCCAAGACCCUGACUGAGAUGUACAUCCACUUCCUGGUAGUUCAGUCCAAAGUCAAGAACAUCAAGUAUGAUGGAGGAGCUGAGACAGAUCCACACUGGAGUCCAGAGACCAAGAAGAUGAUUGAGUCUCUGGGAAAACUGGCUUUUGAGCAGCUGCAGAAAGGCAACCUGAUCUUCUAUGAAUCAGACCUGAGAGAGUGUGGCAUUGAUAUCAGAGCAGCCUCAGUGGUCUCAGGAGUGUUCACACAAAUCUUUAAAGAGGAGAGAGGACUGUACCAGGACAAGGUGUUCGGCUUUGUCCAUCUGAGUGUUCAGGAGUUUCUGGCUGCUCUUCAUGUCCAUCUGACCUUCACCAACUCUGGAGUGAACCUGCUGGCAGAAGAACAAACAUCAACACAGUUCUACCAGAGUGCUGUGGACAAGGCCUUACAGAGUCCUAAUGGACACCUGGACUUGUUCCUCCGCUUCCUCCUGGGUCUUUCUCUGCAGACCAAUCAGAAUCUCCUACGCGGUCUGAUGACAAUAACAGGAAGAAGCUCAGAGACCAAUCAGGAAACAGUAGAGUACAUCAAGGAGAAGAUCAGUGAGAAUCUGUCAGCAGAGAGAAGCAUCAAUCUGUUCCACUGUCUGAAUGAACUGAAUGAUGGUUCUCUAGUGGAGCAGAUCCAACAGUACUUGAGUUCAGGAAGUCUUUUCAGAUAUAAUCUGUCUCCUGCUCAGUGGUCAGCUCUGGUCUUCAUCUUACUGUCAUCAGAAGAAGAUCUGGACGUGUUUGACCUGAAAAAAUACUCCGCUUCAGAGGAGGCUCUUAUGAUGUUACUUCCAGUGGUCAAAGCCUCCAACAAAGCUCUACUGAUCUACUGUAACCUGUCAGAGAGAAGCUGUGAAGCUCUGUCCUCAGUUCUCAGCUCUGAGUCCUCUAGUCUGAGAGAGCUGGACCUGAGUAACAACAACCUGCAGGAUUCAGGAGUAGAGCAGCUUUCUGUUGGACUGAAGAGUCCACACUGUAAACUGGAGACACUCAGACUGAGUAACUGUAACCUGUCAGAGAGAAGUUGUGAAGCUCUGUCCUCAGUUCUCUCUGAGUCCUCUAGUCUGAGAGAGCUGGACCUGAGUAACAACAACCUGCAGGAUUCAGGAGGGAAGCUGAUCUCUGAUGGACUGGAUAGUCCACACUGUAAACUGGAGACUCUCAGUCUGUCAGGCUGCCUGAUCACAGAGGAAGGCUGUUCUGCUCUGGUCUCAGCUCUGAGCUCCAACCCCUCCCAUCUGAGAGUGCUGGACCUGAGCUACAAUCAUCCAGGAGACUCUGGAGUGAAGCUGCUGUCUGCUGGGCUGGAGGAUCCACACUGGAGACUGGACACUCUCAGGUACGAAGAGGUCUGCUAGGGAGAGCCUGAGAGAGGCG